AAAUUAACUUGAAUACAUAAAUAAAUACUAUUGAAGUGUUAUCAGCGAUAUUUUAUAAUCUGAGCUGAUAGAAAGCAUUUAGAGGACUGGAUUGGGACAGGGUCAAAAAAGUUUACUCUAUUGUACAGUAUAACAAAAGAUGGCUGCUCUGGGCAAGCCUUCCAUCAGAAAUGCGACAUGCAAGGACCUACCGUUACUGUGCUUUACAAUGAACAGAAAUCAGUAUUUGGAGGAUACGCUAGUUUACCAUGGUUUCCAACAAGUGGUGCUUAUGUUAAAGAUGAGAAUGCAUUCUUGUUUCAACUACGAUUCUCUGGAGUUUACAGGCUGAACAAGUUUCCGUUGAAGGCUGACGAUUCCAAUGGACUGUAUUCUAGAUCAAACUAUGGACCAACAUUUGGUGGUGGACAUGACUUACUCACUUUUACUCAUUCACUAUCAGCAUUGAAUGGGAUAUAUGCUUUAAAUGGUUAUAUGUGUGCGAGCAGUUAUGAUAUGAACGGUUUAGGAUCAGAACAUAUCAGCAACGGGUCGAUGAAAUGCAUGGAAUUAGAGGUGUACAAAGUGGAAGCUUGAAGAAACACUGAAAAGUUCAGUCUCCUGCAUGCGGCCCGCUAGUGAAAUGAAGGUUCCCGACUUCAGGAUUCUUCUGCUUGGUCCCGUAGGUUCCGGAAAGUCAAGCUUCUGUCUACCGGGGAAGGAUAACGCAGAGGGCUAUAUGUGGCAAGGCUAAACACAGCAUCACUUCUAUGGUGAGUCCAAUAAAUGGAAAAUCUGAUAUAUUAUUAAGUAUGACAAAUUGAAUUGAAUACAAGGUCGAUAGUUAUUUGUAGUUAGUUCCAAAUAACACCACAAUCAUUUAGUUCGUCUAUAUGAAUAGGCAUAAAUAUUGUAGACAAGUACAUUGGUUAAACGUGGUGUUUUUUCAGUAUCUCAUAUAUUAUUACACAACCAAAAACCUUACUACCAAACAGAAUAAGUAUGCAUACAGAAUAAUUCAUUCAUUCUUUAAAUUCACACAUGUUUAUUCAUGAUAAAGAAUUUGACGAUGUAAACCGGUGAGUGUGUUUACUCGUGUGCAUGUACUCCAGUAUCUUCUCUAUACAAUCAAAAUAAAUUCUGGCUUCCUAAACUUCCGCCUAUGUGACACACGUGGGCUGGAGGAAGAGAUGGGUAUUGACCUGAUACAAUGUAACUAUCUGCUGGAUGGAAAUCUGCCGGAGUUCUUUCAGUUUAGUGCUGAUAUUACCAGUUCAGUGGAUCCAUCUUUCGUCAAGAAGCCCACACUGGCCGACAAAAUACACUGUGUAGCCUUUGUUCUGGAUGGUGCUACUCUUGAUGAACUUCCACAGCGAUUGAUUGAUAAGAUGAAGGAUUUCAGAAAUCUCUGUACUCAGAAGCAUAUUCCCCAAGCCAUAUUACUUACGAAAGUAGAUCUAAUCGAUGAUAUAGUGGUCAAAUCGAUCAACUCAGUACUAGAAAGUAUCGCCGUCGGAGAAAAGGUACUGGAAGCUGCCGAACUUCUGGGUAUUCCAGAAAACAACAUUCAUCCAAUCAAGAACUACACUACAGAGGUAGACCUGGAUGAAGGUAUCAAUAUCCUCGCCCUGCAAGCGCUGCAACAGAUGCUGAACUACGCUGUGGAUUUUAUGGAGAAUAUUCAACAGAGGGGAGGAAAUGCGCUUCAGAAUUGUGAGGAAAAGUACAUGUCUGAGUCGGAUGUGAUUGAAGAAGAAACUGGAACGCUUUAAAGACUGCCUGAUACCUGUCAAAGGAAACAAUAUAAUUGGAUAUAAUACACAAGUAUGAUUCGGUUAUCCCAAGUGUCCAUUCUAGUAUUAUACCUUUGUUACAUUUAAUGCAAUCACCUAUAAGUCAAUGAGCCACACUUUGUUUAAGUGGUAUAUAAAGUGUAUAUAUAUAUAACUAAAUACAAAGAUUGUCAAGUACCGCCUUGGAACAGUCAGUAAAAUAAAUUUACUGGGGAAGACUAAAGUUAAAUGGGGCCCCGUGUGACAGUGCUAUAUACUGGUGCACGUUAAAGAACCAGGAUAGCUCUAACCAGGGUUUCAUUCUGUCUGUGAACUAUGCUCCAAAAACCUAAUAUGACUAAAAGUCUUAUCGAAGCACUCUCCGAAUGAGCCUUAACCGAGUGAGAGUAUAAAUAAACUUGCACAUAUAUUCUUGGGUCUCAACAAAAAGUUUCAACAGAGCUAGAUCAUUUUCAAAAUAUUAGAUUUAGUUAAAUUACUCUUUGAGGAUAACAUUAACAUUUCGACCUUUUAUGGGAAUUAUUAUAGAAUCAGUGAAGAUAUUUUGUAAAGUUUUGGACUUUGGACAUUAGUGUUCUACAAUAUUUCAUAUUCCAUAUCACGUCCUUUCCGAUAUGCAUUAUAGUCGUAUUGUUUAAUUUUCUACCUUUGUGCUUUAUCAGUUCACUGCGCAACAUUCUUAUACACGCUCGCAUAAUUGCUUAUAUGCAGUUAGAUUUAUUCUGAUAUUGCAUGCGUCAUUUAAAGAAGAACCUGUUUUUGCCAGUGAUUAUAAGGCUUUGAAUUUCACGGGAUUCAUGUCGUGGGAGUCAAUGUCAUUCUGUGAACACUGAUGAAACCAAAUACUUACACUUAUGAAUGAUACAGAUUUACAAAAUUAAGUUCUGUUUUAAAAUACUCAAGUUACUCAUAUCAUUAUAACGUCUCUAAUUUCCUUCUACAUUAGUAUGUAUUAUUCUCGAACUGCUGUUAAGGUUUUCCAUAAAACUCGUAUGCUUAAAUUGUGUAUUCCUGUCGUUUUGUCUG